UGAUCGAUAAUUUUGAGAAAUGAGGAGUGAUUGUUUUGUUUCGAGAGAUAUACGUAGCGGCUACAUUGCCCUGAAUGCCAUCCAACGACGGCAUGCAAAAGUUUCUACUGGUGACACCAUAUCUGUGAGCAGAUUUAUUCCUCCAGAUAACUUUAACCUUGCGUCGCUUACACUCGAGCUGGAAUUCAUCAAGAAGCGGACUAAGAAUGAGCAGGUUGAUGCUGUUCUGCUGGAUACGCAGUUAAAACAGAGGUUUAUUAGCCAGGUUAUGACUGCAGGCCAAAGAGUUCCCUUUAAGUAUCAUGGGAAUAAUUAUAUUUUUACUGUCAAUCAAGCUGUUUUAGAGAGGCAAGAAGGAUCUAAUGCUCCUGAAAGGGGGCUGAUUUCAAAUGAGACAUGUAUUAUCUUUGAGGCAUCAAAUUCAAGUGGAAUAAAGAUUGUAAAUCAGCGUGAAGCUGCCAGUAGCAACAUCUUCAGGCAAAAGGAGUUUAAUCUCCUCUCACUGGGUAUAGGAGGCUUAAGCAAUGAGUUUGCUGAUAGAUUUCGAAGAGCUUUUGCCUCUCGGGUUUUCCCUCCCCAUGUGACAAGCAAAUUGGGGAUUAAGCAUGUAAAAGGCAUGCUACUUUAUGGACCUCCUGGUACUGGCAAAACUCUCAUUGCCCGUCAAAUUGGAAAGAUGUUGAAUGGAAGGGAACCAAAGAUUGUUAAUGGCCCUGAAGUUCUAAGCAAAUUUGUUGGUGAAACUGAAAAGAAUGUUAGGGAUCUAUUUGCCGAUGCAGAGAAUGAUCAACAGACUCAUGGUGACCAAAGUGAUUUGCAUGUCAUAAUUUUUGAUGAAAUUGAUGCUAUCUGUAAGUCAAGAGGAUCUACUAGAGAUGGUACAGGAGUUCAUGAUAGCAUCGUCAAUCAGCUGCUUACAAAGAUAGAUGGCGUGGAGUCUCUAAAUAAUGUUUUGCUUAUUGGAACGACCAACAGAAAAGAUUUGCUUGAUGAAGCCCUUUUAAGACUGGGACGCUUGGAGGUUCAGGUUGAGAUUAGCCUUCCAGAUGAAAAUGGCCGCUUGCAGAUUCUUCAAAUUCAUACAAACAAGAUGAAAGAGAAUUCUUUUCUUGCUCCUGAUGUUAACCUUAAAGAACUUGCUGCUCGUACAAAAAACUAUAGUGGAGCGGAGCUUGAAGGUGUUGUGAAAACUGCAGUAUCAUUUGCUUUGAAUAGACAGCUAAGCAUGGAUGAUCUUACGAAACCAGUGGAUGAAAAGAGCAUUAAGGUUACAAUGGAUGAUUUUCUGAAUGCACUCCACGAGAUUACUCCUACAUUUGGAGCUUCCACUGAUGACCUUGAGCGGUGCAGGUGAUGUUUUCAGCUGAAAUAUGUAAAAUUCUUCAGUUCUUCUAAUUACACUUAUUUUUACCUUCUUUAUAUAUAUUUUGAUUGAUGUGUAACCAUUAGAGUAUAAACAGUAUCUGGUAUAAACAGAUCUGCAUAGCUAAAUCCCUCAGAAUCAGGAGCAUAUUUGUAUACGGUUAUAACUGUCCUAGACUCUAGGCACAAGGUUAGCUAAGUUAUGAUUCUGAUAUGGUUCUUUUGUAUAUAUAUGUGCAGUGACAUACAUUAUGAACUAAUAAGAAACAUUCAGCAAUUUA